AUGGCGGAAAUGAAGUCCCUCGCAAUUCUCUCCAUAAUUUUGUUUAAUCUGAUCUCGAUUCUUCCGCUCCGCACGUUAUCGUUCUCUCCCGACCACCCCACUGACCGCCAAAUCCUAGUUUUGCUCGACGAUUUAGCUCUCAAAUCAUCGCAUUCCCUCUUCUUCGCCGCUCUCCAGUCUCGAGGCUUUAACCUCGAUUUCAAGCUCGCCGAUGAUCCUUCCAUCGCCGUCAAGCGGUACGGCCAGUACUUGUACGACGGCAUUAUUCUCUUUUCUCCGACAGCUGACCGGUUUGGAGGGUCGUUAGAUGUGCAGGAGAUUUUGGAUUUUAUUGAUUCUGGCCAUGACUUGAUAAUGGCAGCCGAUUCGAAUGCCUCUGAUUUGAUCAGGAACAUAGCAGCUGAAUGCGGUAUUGAUUUUGAUGAGGAUCCGUCUGCCGUGGUCAUUGAUCACACUGGUUAUGCUGUCUCUGAAAGUGCAGGAGACCAUACCUUAAUUGCUUCCGAUAGUUAUAUUCAAUCUGAUGUUAUUCUUGGAAGUAGUAAAAUAGAGGCCCCGGUCCUUUUUAAAGGGAUUGGACAUUCAGUGAAUCCUGAAAAUAGCUUGGUUCUGAAGGUCCUUUCUGCAUCUUCUUCAGCUUAUUCUGCUAAUCCUACCUCGGAGUUGUUAAUUCCUCCAUCCCUUACUGGAACAGCUAUAUCAUUAGUUUCGGUUCUCCAGGCUAGGAAUAAUGCAAGAGUUAUGAUAUCGGGAUCAUUGGACUUGUUUAGUAACCGGUUAUUGAGAGCAGGAGUACAGAAGAAUGGGAGCUUGAAAAAAUAUGAAAAAUCUGGUAAUGAACAAUUUGUCACUGAAAUUAGCAAAUGGAUAUUCCAUGAAAGAGGUCAUCUGAAGGCCAUCAGCCUUAAGCACAAUAAAGUUGGUGAAACUGAAGAACCUCCAACGUACAGAAUCAAUGAUGAUCUGGAGUUCUCUGUGGAAAUCUAUGAAUGGUCGGGCACAAGUUGGGUCCCGUAUGUCGCAAAAGACGUGCAGGUGCAGUUCUACAUGAUGAGUCCCUAUGUCUUGAAAACGUUAUCCACAAACCAGAAGGGGCUCUAUUACACUUCAUUCAAGGUUCCAGAUGUUUAUGGAGUUUUCCAGUUCAAGGUUGAGUAUCAGAAGCUUGGGUACACUGGCUUGUCACUUUCGAAACAGAUUCCAGUAAGGCCCUUCCGGCACAAUGAAUAUGACAGGUACCGACGAACAAGCGAACUUGGACUGAACCGAAUCAAGCGUACCUACGUCAUAACCGGGAAGAACCCUCUGAAAGAUCGGAGCCGCUCAUCUCGGACCAUAUCAUAA